AUGAAGCGGUUCAUGGCCAUGCUGAAUAGGCAUAAAAAUAAGGAUCCUCCACCGGCCAAACUGCUGGAUCUAGCAGGACAGCUUUGCCAGGACUUUCAGAGCUCGUCCCCUACCCUGGAGAAGCUUGUUGGGGCCAUUAUGGGAUGCAAACACAAGACAUAUUUUCUCACCAACAUCCACGUAGUCCGAGCUUGCGUGUCGGUUCAUAUCCAUAAAGGACAGCAUGACACAGCCUGCAGACUCCUGGAGUGUUGCAGGGCAGAAGAAAAGGAGGAGCUGGUGCAACUCUGGCAUGAGGUUCACUACCAGCAGGUUAUGGAGAAACACCGCACGGACUUUCUAACCCCCCUGCAGAAGUUUCGUUGCAGGAAGAGGAAUCCUCCGCCUGUUUCCCUUUGUCCCGAAGGUUUGAAGAAUCGAAACUAUCCAGAUAAAGUCCGCCGAGAACUGCACAGGUUUGCGGCAGAAGUGACGACAAAUCCAAACAAGGAACAGCGGUUCCUGUCAGACUGUGUUUAGCAGACCUCAGUGCCCACCUGUUUCUGCACCGUGCAUGGAAGAAAGCCAAGCCUUGGGACAAAACCAGGUGAGAGAACGCACCUCAUGUACAGAGAAGGAGGCCAGCGAUACGCACGCCAUGCAGCUUUAGCUCUCACACAAGAGAUGUGAAAUCUCACAUCAUACCUUGCAUUAAAUAUGUCCAAUCUAAGCAUAUCUUUGGAACACAGUUCCGAGUAGGCUGGGUGUUCCCUGUGCAGUGUCCAACACAUGCUAGAACCAGAGGGUUGUUUUGUUGUUUUUUCCACUUGGAUUGCAUAUCAGCCCCUGAUUUUACUAAACUUGUCAUUGCGGUGAUGGCCAAAGCAGCCUGUGCAGAUCUAAAGUAUCAUUUACGUUUCAAGAAAUGGAAGGUUUACCUAGCGCUGUGGAAAGACAAUGACUGCAAGAUGGUUGCUUGAAGGUACUCCCCUUCUGAGAGGAUCUGCAGAAAUUUGGCUGUGCUCUCUCAGACUUGUUAAAAUUUCUGAUGUAAUUUUCAUUUCCCGGUCUGUGUUGCUGCUGAGGAAAAGGGAUUGUCCACCAUCCUGAGAGAGCUGAGAGCAGUGUACAGAGAGUAGUGUUGUUAUGGGAAAUGAUAAAACAGCUGACUUACCUUCCCUGGUCUGCAUUCAACUUGCAGGCUUUCUUACACUGACUUUA